AAUUCAAAACCCUAAACCCCAAUUUGGUCGUUAUCCCGGAAAUGGAGGGUGGUGGUGACGUUAAGGGUUGGGCGUUGGAGUUUCUUCUCCGGGCUCAGAACCCAGUCGUUCCCAGUAACCUAAUUAAGAAAGUCAUUCUAAUAGUCCCCCUUUCAGACUUUUAUUCCAGGCUCAAGAAGACGCUUCUUCUCCGAGCCCUUCAAGAUCACUUGUUCGCUGUCUCUGUCCCUGAGUCCGUUCUCGAAACCCUCGAGCAAGUCGAGGAACUCCACCGCCUCGGCGAUGACGACGACGGAGCUCUGGUCACCACCUCAUCCGCCAUGAGCGCCGCCUACUGUGCCGUCGCGGUGGAGUGCACUCUCAAGCACCUGCUGCUGGAGCUCCACAACAACCCUGCUUAUCUCGGCGCGGUGAACAGGAUAUGGCGCGGUAGGGUUCGGCUCAUGAGCGGUUCCGGGGAGGGGAGCCUCCUGCUCUCGCCAGAGCUGGAGCGGUGGAGAACCGACAUUGAAGCUUCCCUUCUGGAUUCGUCGGUGAGGGAGAGGUUGGCCUCCAUUGAUACAAGAAGGGAUGCCGUCUUCAAGCUCCGGGAUUAUUUGAAGGAAGCUUGGACCGAUUUGGGGCCUUCAUUUCUUGAGCGAGCGGCGUUGGCGCAUAUAAACAACAAUGCCCUAGCCGCGAAUCACUCUGAGGAUUCUCAACAGCCGGAGAGAGAAAUUGAGAAGUGCACUGCUGCUCCUGCUGAGGAAGUGCAUCCCUCAACAGAUGUUGAGAUCCAAAAGGUUGGGGAGUGCGGUUCUGUGGAGUUGCAAAAGUUGGCUGAGGAUUCUCUACUUGAUUUGUUGGAAGUGAAUGAGGAGGCAUCGAUGGAAGAACAAAGUAGAGAUGUAGAUGUACCUUGCCCACAUGCUAUUAAUGACAAUGAGGCUGAUCUGAUGGAAAAGGAUCAAACUUCUGCCGAGGAAGUGCUUCCCUCAACAACUGUUGAGGUCCAAAAGGUUAGGGAAUGUGGUUCCGUGGAGUUGCAAAAGUUGGCUAAGGAUUCUCUACUUAAUUCGUUGGAAGUGAAUGAGGAGGCACAUAUUGAAAGUAGAGAUGCAGAUGUACCUUGCCCACUUGUUAUUAGUAACAAUGAGGCUGAUCUGAUGGAAAAGGAUCAAACUUCUAUCCCUCAUAAUCAUGACCAUAAGCCAAGUUUAAUGGAAAGAAAUAGUUCUGCUCGUAUUUAUGAGUGGGAUGAUUCAAUAGAUGGCUUGGAGGAUGGAACAUCAGAUCAUGCAACUAGAUUUAAUUUGCCUAGUCCCAAGGGGAGAAAAGUUUCUCCAUUGAAUAAGUACAAACCUGCAAACAUUACAAAGAGGAGAAAAGUGAAAAAAUGGAGUCAGUUGGAAGAGGAGACUCUAAGGACUGCUGUAGACAAGUUUGGCAGGGGAAAUUGGAAGUUAAUCCUAGAUUCUCACAAAGAUAUAUUUGAAGAGAGAACUGAAGUUGAUUUGAAGGACAAGUGGAGAAAUAUGACGUAAUAUGGGUGCAAAUGAAUCACAAUGUGGAAUAUUGCAGAGGGACUAUAAUCCCGAUGUGGUUGCUGGAGUUUGCAAGUCACUUUAGGUCAGCCUGUCUGAGAUGAUGAGCUGGCUAUGGCUAACUUGCUGUUUUUCUGGGUGCACCUUAGUUUUCAUGCACUCUGUUAUUGAGUUUUCAGCCUUAUUUAAGGUUGCAAGUGGCCACAGGCACAAUUUAGGGUGUCACUGGAACUGGAGUCCUUUGGGGAGUUGAUGUUAGGCCAUCAGUUCGCCUGCUGCAACUUGUUUUCUUCUGACUUUAUUUCAAACUAUAUUUUAUUCUUUUUUUAUGUAUUGGAUUCUGCUGCUUUCACCUCUAUUCUGCUUAUGGGUGGCAUUCCUCUAUUUCUUUCUAACUGUUGUUUCUUGUUUGUGGUUAGAUAUGCCUUGUUUUCUAUUUCCUUCAUCAGUUUGCCUCAAUUUAUCA